UAUGACAUACGCGGCUGUGUGUCCAACAAUCUGUGCAACACUCGAAUGUCUCAACAGUGGUUCUUACUACUUCACUGACCCUGUGUCCUGCUGCAACACCACCAACUGUAACCCCCCAGCUAAUGCAGCCUUAAGUAUUACUACUACUACUACUACUACUACUACUGCACCGCCUACUACUACUACUUCUACUACUACUCCUCUUCCUGCCAUUUCAUCUUCUACUGAAGCCCCUAACACCAAAACAGAUUCCGGCUCAUUUAUUUUCCUGAAGAUGUCGGUGAAUUCACUUGGUGAUCUCAGCAACGCGACGCUGUCUGAAGCCGUCCUCCAGUUUCUUCGAGAGCAGCUCAACACCACAGGUUUCGUGGUUUCAGUGAAGAAGAUCUCUCAGCCUGAAACUGAAACCCCCAACACCACCUCUGCUCCAGGACCAACCCAAGCUCCACCCACCCCAUGAACAA